GAAUCUCUUCCUUUACCCUGGUCCAUCAGAAUGAAAAUUGCUCUUGGUGCUGCCAAGGGCCUUGCCUUUCUUCAUGAGGAAGCUGAAAGACCAGUAAUUUAUUGAGACUUCAAAACAUCUAAUAUCCUUCUGGAUGCGGAUUACAAUGCCAAGCUUUCUGAUUUUGGACCAGCCAAAGAUGGUCCAGACUCUUGUAUGAACACAAGUGAUGGGUACCUAUGGUUAUGCUGCCCCUGAGUUCGUAAUGACAGGGCAAAUGACAUUUAGGAGUGAUGUCUAUAGCUUUGGGGGGUUCUUCUUGAGAUGUUGACAGGCCAAAGAUCCAUGGACAAAUACCGACCAAAUGGGGAGCAUAACCUUGCGGAAUGGGCUAGGCCGUAUCUUGGAGAGAGGUUUUACUGACUUAUAGAUCCUCACCUUGAAGGACUCUUCUCAAUCAAAGGGGCACAGAAAGCAAUUCAAUUGGCUGCCCACUGUCUUAGCCGUGAUCCUAAAGCCAGAACUUUGAUGAGUGAAGUCGUAGAAGCACUAAAGCCUCUGCCAAAUCUCAAUGACGUGGCUCGUUCUUCAUCUCACUUCCAGGUCAUGCCAGCAGAGUGUGCAGGGUCCGUUGCAAACGCUAGAAAUGGCAGUAGACUGCAAGGAGGGUUCCCGUCUAGCAAUGGUCAACCGAGUAGGAGCAUCCCUACACCAAAUGGGCCUCAUGUUUCUCCAUAUAACCUUAAUCAUCUUCAUCGGUCACCCAAACCUGAUGUUGGACAGCCUUCAGAAUGAGCCUAUGCCUCCCUUCUUGCUCUGUUUUAUUUUAGUUUAUGCGUUUCUUCAAGGAGAGACGGAGGGAACGUUAGUGGGGCUUGGAAGUUAUGCUGGUGAGCCUGAUAUGUUCCUUCUUGAGCAGAAGUGAAAAUGGGCUCUGCACUGGAGAGAAACAUUGAGAGGGCUCUUUUGUAGCAUAUGCCGUGUUUGAAAAAGUUAAUGCCUUUUCUUUAGUGCUUGUCUAACUUCUAUGCGAUCAAGGUUGACGCAUUUGGGGACUAUAGUUUCCAUUGCAUAGCAUGAAUGCAUGAUGCGGUCAGGAUUCUUUAAUAAUAAAAAAGAAAAAAAAACCGUCAAUUUCUUCUGCUGAGUGCUUUAGUUUGUGUCGUGCAUUCAUUUGUUUCAAUACAAAAAAUUUGUAAUA